AUGGCCGAGAAAGCCAAUGAGAUCACCGGAAAGAUGACUCCUUUCUGCCGGGAAACAGUUCACGUGAACAUCAAAUGGAGAAUCAUCGAUAAAGUAUCACUUUUUGGGGAUUUCUUCAGGUUUCUAUGGAGAAAAAUCGUUUCUUGUUCAAGUAUCAUUGAAAAACCUAUUAUUUAUCGGCGGAUCGCUAACCGGAUUUCUUCUACCGCCGGAGAGAUCUUCGAUGGCGAAGAAGACACCGGAUUAGAACCUACUGUUUCCGGUAGAAGGUUUGGUUCUAGUUCGGAUUCUGAUUUGGUUACUCUCAAGAUCAGCUUAUUAGGUGAUUGUCAAACAGGGAAGACUACUUUUGUAAUAAAAUAUGUAGGAGAUGAGAAUCAAGGGUUCUUGGAGAUGACAGGUUUAAAUUUGAUGGACAAAACGUUUUAUGUUCAAGGAGUUACGAUUUCGUUUACCAUUUGGGAUGUAGGAGGUGAUGAAAAGAGGUCAAAAGUUCAUAUACCGAUUGCUUGUAAAGAUUCAGUAGCAAUCUUGUUCAUGUUUGAUCUAACCAGCCGAUCUACUCUUAACAGUGUCUUUGGGUGGUAUAGUCAGGCAAGAAAAUGGAACACGACGGCAAUACCGAUUCUAAUAGGAACAAAAUUCGAUGAUUUCGUUAGGCUCCCACCCAAUCUUCAGUGGACCAUCGUCACUCAGAUUGUAGCCGUUGAGAAGACGGUGUUUCACCGGUGCUGCUGGUUGGUUGUCAUAUGGGCUUGA